UGGUUGGUUCGAUCGGACGGCGACUAUUGAUUACUAAUGUCUUGGUAUAAGCUGAGCGGAAGAGGUCAGGUAGAUGUCGCCCGGUAGAACCUCCUUUUUGUUGGCAACAGGAUUCAGAGGCGAGAGAGGUGGAGCAGAGCGUGUUUCUGGUAUUUCAAAGCGUCCCGUUCUAUGUUUCCACGCGACGCUCUCGAAGGACUCCCGAAUUAGACGCACCAGCAUUUGUGGAAGGAGACCCGGCCGUCAGUAGUUUCCCCUGUGGAUUGCAAUAGAUUUGACUACAGUCCCUGGGCGAUAGCAUCCGUAUCUCAGUACGUAGAUGUACAUAAUCAGCCAGCAGCAACUGUAGGCGUAGCCUGUUGAAUCUGUGUGUAAUAUUUAAGACAAUGUCUUUUUAAUGAGAUAAGAUGCCAGAACGGUGUACAGAGCCGUAAAAGCUAAAGAUAUGAUAUACACAUUUGUCACCUGAUAGUUCUGGAUGAACAUCAGAUUAGUAUAACAAGAGAUUAAUGCAGUUUAAUCUGAUCUGUGAGUGAUGUUACUAAGGUAGAGAUACUCCAAGUGAACCGGAAGUCAAAGAUAUAGAAUUCUUUAUUUCUGUGCUAUAUUGCCUCAAAGACAAAUUACUAGUUGGAUUCAAUUACGGAGAGGUUGAGUCUGCCGUUGCGUCAGAACGCGCUUGGAGAAGAUGCUGUGGAAAUGGGCGGACAAACAAGAAGAGUGACGAAAUCGAUGAUAUUAUCGAUCGGACGAGGACGUAGCAGCGCAAUGCGACUGGAAGCCAGUACCUCAUAACGCUGCAUUAUUAAUGAAAAUAGGAUUCAGACGAAGCGAUUCCUGUAAUUAGCUAAUAAAUGUAUUGCAUGCUGUAACAAUGCUCGGCUUAACGGAGUUAACCGGACAAUGCCGAGUACAGGCAGAGACCUGAUUAAGCCACUGGGCGUCUCUCCCUACCGACGUUUCUCGUCAUCGCCAGGAACUGUAUAUUGGCUACGUAGAGAAAGGAUUCUUUGGAGCAUCCGUUAAGUUGAGGAUCCUUAAACACCAUGCUCGCUACUGCAGACUAAAGGAGUACUCUAGCUGAGGUUCUUGGUGAAAUGGAGGAUCCUGUGACGACACACAUCGACCUGAUAGACGAGUAGGAAGAGGUGGUAGACGAACAGGAGGAGGAGAAAGAGGGAGUUGUGGUGAACGAGACCUAACCAAGAUGUCAGGACGACUUCCUCGGCUGCGUGCGCUACGUCCGCGACCUCAGCCACAUCUUCAGAAUACACCAGCACCUACGAGGACUGAGUCUAGAUACAAUAAGGAGGAGGAAGAGGAAAUUAAUGACGAAGAGGACGAGUUGUUGGUUGAAAAUGAGGAGGAUAUUGAGGGCGGAGUGGAUGAGGAAGAGGAGGAAGAGGAUGAGAUUAUUGAUGAACAGGAACUGGAGGAACAGGAGUCUGUGAAUGAUGAUAGAUUUAAGAGUGAUGAAAGUGAAAAGAGACUUGUUAUUAAAGAGGAACCUGUGGAAAUUGUUACUGAGGAACCGGAGGACUCUGAAAGGAAUUAUGAGUGUAAAACCUGUAACCCACCUAAGGGUUUAUCCAAUCUAAAGGCUUAUCUUGCACAUCUUAAGAAUGAGCAUAAACAAAAGGUCAAGUGCUAUGAAUGUCCCCACUGUGAAUUUGUUUGUCAGCACGUAAAGAAAUUACAAAGGCACUUCCGUGUUGCUCAUGAGGAUCUUCAGGACAAGGUUGCAGCUGAAUCCGCGGAAAGAAGUCGCUGUCCAAUGUGUGCUCACAUUGCAGCCAACCCUCAGGAUCUCGAAACCCAUCAAAGAGUCCAUCAUUUGAAACGACGUUUUUUUAGAUGCGCCAAGUGUUCCUACGUAACACACGUUCGUGCUCGUUAUACAAAACAUGUGAAAUAUCAUUCGAUGCCAAUGAUAAAAUGCGACGCUUGCGAUUUUCGUACUCCAUACAAGUGGAAUUUGGAUCGUCACACACGCAAUCAUGGCGGAGGUGGAGCCUUUCAAUGUAGAGCCUGUAAUUUUACAGCAGACAUUCGUCAAAGCUUAACAGUACACGAAACCAAUCAUCAUGAACCUCCUGUAGGACGAACUCCUCGCAAGAUGAACACACCUUUUGAACGCAAACCUCGUAAUAGUCCAAAGCGUUAUAACCAGGUGGGUGCAAGUGAUUUUCGAGAUACAGCGACUGGGUCGAACCACCCGGAAAAACUGAAGUCUGGCAGUCCGGCGAAGUCUUUAUCUCCAGACAAAAACCUAAGUUCACCCGAGGACAGAAGAAGUGCCAUUGCCGGUGCAGAGUGCAUCGCCCUCAAGUGCGAAGAGAAAGGUUGCCAAUUCAUCACCGCCUGGGAUUCGAAGAUGCAGCGACACUUAGCAGAAUCUCAUUCUCAGAACGCGGCAAAUAAACCUAAGAAACCAUUACCUAUGCUAAUACCACUGAGUCCCGUAAGCAACGCCAAAGCUAACAAUGCUGGAGCCAGUGGUCCGGGUACGACCUUACUGAAGGUUCCCCGGGUGAGAGUAAGACCAGAACUAGCUCGAAUCGCACGUGAUACAGAAAUGGCACGGCUAUAUGGAAACAAAGAAGUACGUUCGCUUGAUCAUCAAAAAAUACAGGCGUCCGAGCUGAAGAAGGAGGCUGGUACGACAGAUUCCUUUGAGAAAAAGAACGCCUCCUUCUUCGACAAACUGAAGGAGAGACUGAUGACGACUUCCGGGAACAAUGGGAUAGCUGAGGUGGCCGUAAGUAGCCAGAAUGAUUUGAAGUGUUGGUGUACCUUCGAAGCGAGUAGCCUCGAGGAGCUGACCAGUCACAGACGGACUCAUCACACUGCUCUCAGUGUGUCCCUUGGCACUUCGCGUUGUCCUAACUGUAGAAGACGUUGUAAGAGCUCGGCUGAUCUGCAAGUGCACAUGCGCCUCUGCCACCCUACGAGCAAUGAUUAUGCAGCUACCGAUAAUAGCCUGGAAAACUCCACGGGUUACACGGAACUUCGCACCGCUUACCGCGGUGAAUACGCGUUUCCGUUUCAAGUGGACUGGGAUGCGAAUUUUGGAGCGCUCAAUUCUUCUGGAUCCUCGGUCGAGGGUGGCUCUACGCCGAGUGGACGACGGGUAUUCAAAUGUCCCCACUGCCCGUUCUGGGCUUCAACGGCCAGUCGCUUUCACGUACACAUUGUGGGUCACUUGAAUCGGAAACCAUUUGAAUGUUCACUCUGCGCCUACCGCUCGAACUGGCGGUGGGAUAUCACAAAGCACAUCAAACUUAAGGCAGCUAGAGAUCCUGCGCAUAUGUGCGCCAGGGUUCUCAUGACCGAUGAGACCGGUCGGCGCAACUACUCCAAGUACAACAAGUAUCUCGCUCAGAUAGAACAGCAGUCGGGAGAUGAACGCAUUUACGGGGAACGUACUGGUGAAGACCGUACUUCUGAUGAACCACCAACUAAAAUCCUUAUUAUGAGUGAUACCAAGGAAUAUCCGCAACCUCCAGAACUUACUCCAGCACCUGUUUCACUCUUAACAUCCACAAAUUCCUCAAGGGAGAUCUCGGCAUUACCUUUGCGACCUCCGCCACCCUUAAAGGCUGCUACCCGAAGUCAGGGUCAGUCACUCCUGAAAAAUAAUCCUGCUGUCUCUAACGCCAAUGCGACUGUAACGCCGACUACAGGCGUUAAUGCUUCCCUUAGUACAACUGCGGCUGUCACCGCGCUCGCAAUAACGCCGGUGACUGCUAUGGCACCUUCGAGGUCUUCUCCGCCGGGUUCCGGGUCAGAGGAGAGUAAACGCACUUUGUGGAAGUGCAAACGAUGUAAUUUUCGCGAUUCUAACAAGGAGACUGUGUUAAUUCAUGUCAAAUCUCAUUAUGAGUCUAUGGAUGAUGUUGCUGAAUCUGAAAAGAAUGCCUUUACCUGUGAGGAUUGUCCUUUCUCAGCUGCUGAUGCCGAAUCCUUGGCUCUGCAUCGUGUACAUCAUCGACCCAAUCUUGAAGCCAUAUUUAAAUGUUAUCUCUGUCCAUACUAUGUUAGCACCAAAGUGGAGCUCUUGGAUCAUGCUCGAUUACAUGGAGAGGAAUUGGCUGUUGUUCAUCAGAGAAAUGUAGAAUCUGAAUCACCACCUUCUAAGCGUAAAUAUUCUCAGAAUCAUCGUACAGUUCUAGCGAACAACCAAACUAAAGAGGAAUCAUCAAUGGAACAAGUUAUACACAUAACAUCCCCAAGCACUUCAACUUCAGGUUCAGUUUCAUCAAAGGGUAACGAAGCUCCACCUCUUCUCUUGGAUACGCGCGCACUUCCUGAUGCACCGUUAGUGUGGGUAUCGCGAACAGAUGGUACGAUUGCAAAAAUGUUAAAAUGUCGACACUGUCCGCACGUAUCAUCACGUCGAGCCGAGGUCCGCGAUCACGAGAGUAUGCACAUGAACUCACCCAACCAGGGUUCUCUCAUAGCUUGUCCAAGCUGCAGCUUCGCUUGUUCACGAAGAGAAGUCAUGGAUUCUCAUGCAGAAAUGCAUUCAGGCGCCCUGGGGACUGUACACUGUCUCGUUGACGAAGGUCGGACUGAUGCUCAACAGCUCAACGACCUCUCCACCCUGCUUGGACUUCCUCAACCCAUAUCCGUGGCUUCGGAACCUGAUUUGAGGGAUUCCAGGCUGGUUCACUGCUGUAGCAAGUGUCCUGCACGCUUCCUAUGCGAGAAGGAGCUCAGAAUUCACCUGCGUUAUCAUUGUACGGAGCUAGCCUAUUCAUGCCAGUGGUGCUCGUACGCUGCUCGACAACCAGCUCAUCUGCUGGCACAUCAGAAAGCACAUUCACCCGAAUACCAGGACCGCACUCGUUACCUACUCUCCCUGUAUGGCCACUCGCAGAGAUACCCUCCUCCUACGACGGCGUGUGUCGAGGCGAACACUCAGGAUUCCGCAGAAGGUAACACUACUAACGUCGCUUGGAUCGUCGUCGAGGUAGGGGCAGGACGUAGCAAUGUUCUGACUAAUCACCUUACUACUAGCAGUCAGGAAACUGGAAACCAAGUGUUCACCUGUGCCAAGUGUCCGGCGCGAUACUUUAAACUGGACGCCCUGGAGUAUCAUAUGACUCUUCAUGGUACAAACAAUAGGUUCAAGUGCACGGAGUGUGAUUACUCGUCGAAGACGGCUCAAAAUCUGGUGAAGCACCAAGUUGUUCAUCGUCGGCACGCCGAAGCUAACGAGAAUGUGACCUCUUCCAGACUGCUACCACCACCUGAUCCACAGUUUGGCAUCCUUAUGCGUGGUAAUCCUAACUUUGUGUAUCCAGGAUAUCUAAGGAAUGGCCGACUUCGGGAGAAACGGUACAAGUGUCACAAAUGUCCGUCGGCUUUCGAAAAGCGUGAACAGUAUAGGAUUCACUUGACGUUACAUGGUGCCAAGCAACGAUAUCGCUGCGAUACUUGUGAUUAUUCGGUCAAAUAUUACGCGAAUUAUGCUCAACACUUGAGAAAACACCAGGCCAACGCCCAGGCACAGGCGUCUCGACGACGAUACGAGGACGAUGCUAUAACUAUUGACACUGGAAUCCAAUCUGAUAGCACUAUAUCUAUAUCUCGCUCUGGCAAAUCCUUAACCAAGUCCUCAGCCGGUUUCUCCGCAGCUGGCAAUAUCUUGGCUAGUGGUAGUGCAUCGAAUUCUGCCGUGUUGCAAGUUUCUAACCAGGACAAGCAGUCGCUUAUGCUCUUACAAAAGAAAGGUGUCCUGGUGGCACCUAGUGAAGUUGAAGCAGAAAAUAUUCGCUGUCAAGACUGUCCUUUCAGUACUCCUGAUAAGGAUGUCAUGGAUGCUCAUAAGCGUCGCCAUGGUAUCGAGAGGAUGACACCUCCUUGUCCUCAUUGCGACUAUGUACCUCGCAAGGAUGAAAACGUGGGCGACCAUAUUCGUCUUCAUUUUACCAGGCUCUACAAGCCAGACUCUUACCUCAUCGCUGAACUGCUCACCCUGACGAUGCGUCGCGUUCCUGCAAACGGCAAAGAGGACGCUAAGGAAAAUGAAUUGCUGUUCAAGGAAUGUGGCGAUGGGAGAUUUCUACCAAUAGUUGACCCGACUACGUCCUCCAGGUCUUUAUCUCCUAAUGAAAACAGUGUGCAAGAGAAAGUCAUAGUGGAUCCUAACACAGGUGAAGCCAAGCACCAUCUCACUGUAUAAUUUCUAUUAUAGUUCUUGGAGCACCAUAGAUAUUCUCCUGGUGAAAUAGAAGAGACUAUGUUAUUUUUAUCAGUGAUAUAACGUGUUCUAUAAAGCUUCCUCUGACAGUGUGACAGUGAAUUAUUCUUUGAGCAGAUGUGAAUAUUGUUUAUAUGUGAUUUGAUUGAUUGGAGAAACACAGUGUUACUUUAUUCAGCUAAUUAUACUGAGAGUGAUACAUGUAGUGCAGUAAUAAGACAAAAAUUAAUUUUGUUGUUUUCUCUUAAAGUUAUGAGGAUACGACACAGGCUGGUCCGUGCCACAGUUAUAUUUUAUUGAUAAGAAAGAUAAGAGUGGUUGGGACAUAAUUAGUUGAACCACACUUCCUCUUAUAUUGGAUUCAGAUUGCGUACAAGUGUAAGAACUAAUUUUUUGUUCUCUAUCAUCAAAUAAACACGGAUCUUUAUCUUUGUAUGGAUGUUCAAUCUAUCGGAGAAGGAAACUUUUACAGUGAUCUAGGAUUAGAUUAACAUACAAGAUACAAGGGACUGUAUUUUCUA